AUGGCCGCGGCGGGCAGCGGCGUGGCGGCGGCGGAGGCGGGGGCGGGCCCGGCGGGGGCGGCGUUCAGCACCGCGAACAGCGGCCGAGUGAACGGGCUGAGCCACCCGCCCGGCGCCAUCGCCAUGAAGGACCACGACGCCAUCAAGCUCUUCGUGGGGCAGAUCCCGCGCAACCUGGAGGAGAGCGACCUCAAGCCGCUCUUCGAGGAGUUCGGCCGCAUCUACGAGCUCACCGUGCUGAAGGACCGCUUCACCGGCAUGCACAAAGGCUGUGCCUUUCUCACCUACUGCGCCCGAGACUCGGCCCUGAAGGCUCAGAGCGCUCUGCACGAGCAGAAGACGCUGCCAGGGAUGAACCGCCCCAUCCAGGUGAAGCCGGCGGACAGCGAGGGACGAGGAGAAGACAGGAAGCUCUUUGUGGGCAUGCUGGGGAAGCAGCAGAGCGAGGAUGAUGUCCGGCGCCUCUUCGAGCCCUUCGGACAGAUUGAGGAAUGCACCAUCCUGCGUGGGCCCGAUGGGGCCAGCAAAGGUUGUGCCUUUGUGAAGUACAGCAGCCAUGCCGAGGCACAAGCCGCCAUCAGCAGCCUGCACGGCAGCCAGACCAUGCCGGGCGCCUCAUCCAGCCUGGUGGUGAAAUUUGCGGACACAGACAAGGAGAGGACCCUGCGGCGGAUGCACCAGAUGGCGGGGCAGCUGGGCAUCUUCAACCCCAUGACCAUCCAGUUCGGCGCCUACGGGGCCUACACACAGGCGAUCAUGCAGCAGCAGGCGGCCCUGAUGGCAGCGGCGCAGGGGACCUGCCUGAACCCCAUGGCCGCCAUCGCCGCCGCCCAGAUGCAGCAGAUGGCCGCCUUCAACGUCAGCGGGCUGGUGGCCGCCCCCCUCACCCCUUCUUCAGGUACCAGCACCCCGCCUGGCAUCAGCACGGCGCCCGUGCCCAGCAUCGCCACACCUAUUGGCGUGAAUGGCUUCAGCCCGCUGCCGCCGCAGACCAACGGGCAGCCCGCCUCCGAGACCAUCUACACCAACGGCAUCCACCCCUACCCAGCUCAAAGCCCCACAGUGGCAGAUCCCCUCCAGCAAGCCUACGCGGGCAUGCAGCACUAUGCAGCAGCAUAUCCCACUGCCUACGCACCCAUCAGCCAAGCCUUCCCCCAGCAAGCGCCCAUCAUCCCGCAGCAGCAGCGAGAAGGUCCCGAGGGCUGUAACCUGUUUAUUUAUCACCUGCCCCAGGAGUUCGGGGAUGCGGAGCUCACACAGAUGUUCUUGCCUUUUGGCAAUGUCAUCUCUGCCAAAGUUUUUGUGGAUCGUGCCACCAACCAGAGCAAGUGCUUUGGUUUUGUCAGUUUUGACAAUCCGACCAGCGCUCAGGCAGCCAUUCAGGCCAUGAACGGCUUCCAGAUCGGCAUGAAGAGGCUAAAAGUCCAGCUAAAGCGGCCGAAAGAUGCCAACAGACCCUACUGACCCCUGGCACCCUGGCCCCGCAGAGAGGUCGGGCGUCCCGCGGUGUCUGCCGACUUCCCCCUUCCCCAAGUGCAGUAUCCAAACCCGUAACUCUCUUUCUUUGCAACAUAUCCCGGAGGAGGAGGAAGGAGAAGAGGAAGAGUUGAUGGAGAGAAGAAAAAAAAAAAAAAAAAAAAAAAAAAAAAGCGAAGAAGAGAGCCAUUCUGGUCGUAGCUUUUCUAUUUCUUUUUUGAUUAUUUUUUCCAACCGGUCUUGUUUGUUUCUUAACGGGAACGAGAGAGCGAGGAAGGCAGGAAGGAGGAGAGCGACGCGGCGUUGGGGCUGAGAUUUGCUGCCGGGAGAGGACUGAGGCCCGGGCAGCCGGGAUGUGAGCUACCUUUUAUAAGCACUCAUUUGCUGCUACAAAUUUCCCAAGAGGAAUGAGGAAAAGAGGCUCCGGAUGGAUUAUAAACCAAAGCCAGCGGGACGAGACCGGCCUCGGGCGAUUCACCUGGAGGAUGCUUGUUUGGAAAGGGAAAUCUUGGUGGUUUUUUUCCACGUCUGGCUGGGAAAAAGAGGGAAGAAAAAGGAUAAGAGGAUGUUGGACUUAUAGAAGAUAUAUAUAAAUAAGUAUAUAUAUAUAUAUAUCCCAUGGAGCAGGGCAGCGGGACACGCGCUUCCCCCUGCUUGUCACUGGCACAGGGACAUAGGAUUACUUGUUUCAGAGUCAUAUCAUUCCUUAGAGUUUAGGGACCAAAGGACUAUUGCUUUUUUAAAUAUAUAUAUAAAUAAAUUAAUUUAAAACACACACACACACACACACACACACAAACUUAAAAAACAGGAAGAAAAAAAAAUGUAUGAAACGCCUCGGGCGCAUGAGCUGCGAGCGGCGCCGGGAGGAGCACGGCUCAAGGGCUCGGUGUGGGGGGCAGUUUGUGGCCAAG